AUGACUUCUCCAAACCCCAUCAUCUACCAGAACGUGGAGGGAGACAUCACGUUGAUCGAUAUACCAACAUCUAUCGCAGCAGCACAAGGCGACCGCUCGGGAGUGCUGCUCUCUACUCCACCCUUGGAUACUCCUAUCGAACCGAAAGAGGACUAUCGGCCCAAGACACAGAAGUCUAGAACGAACAAGACUCAGGCACAAGACACGACUACCACGCCGCAUGCGACAGUGGCAGAAGCGUCUAACCACGACUUCCUGUCGUUGCAUCUUGAUGACCAACGUUACAAAGUCCUUGCUGAACAUGCACUCCGCCAAAUACGUGCACAGGUCUCAGGGCCGUGGUGCACACAGCGCAAGCUAAUGACCCAAGAGCCAGUCCUUGGGGAACAACAGGUCAUGGAUGUAGACGAAAUCUCCGAGAAAGAGCUCGAGGCCCGGAUGAGGGAGUGGGCAGCGUCCGGCGAGACGAAAGAAGAUGAUACCGCAUUCAACCUGCAACAGAUGAUGGCUUCGCUCGGCGCAACUUCCGAGGUUGCAGAACCGGCCUCUACGGCACCACAGUGGAUGAUGUCGUACCGCGCUGCACGUGAGACUACAAGUAGCACAACGCAGGCCGCUGAAACUGUCUCUUCGGACGCACAAACUGAACCAUGGACGGGUACCUUUCACAACCCCAACCACCACUCCGUAGCACUUGCGAUCGCCACAAAUACGUCGCAAUCUGCUCAGCCGGGCCCAGAGUAUCGUUUCACAAUACCACCUCGCUCCACAUUCUUCCUUAGCGAUUCCACUGCAUCGGACGCUUUCCGUACCUCGUUUCGUGAGCUCACGAACGAAUACACCCUUCCACGACACUUUGAUCUAGUGCUACUGGAUCCACCAUGGCCCAACCGUUCAGCCAAGCGGAAGGGCGCAUAUGAGCAGGUUGGCGGCAUGCCGUACCUCAAGAAAAUGCUACUGAACAUGGAUAUCGACAGUUAUCUCGAGCACAAUGCCCUUGUGGGCGUCUGGAUCACGAACAAGCAGUCACUGAGACAACAUGUGCUCGGACCCGGCGGACUCUUUGAAACGUGGAACGUGGGCUUGAUCGAGGAAUGGAUAUGGAUCAAGACGACGACCAAAGGCGAGCCCAUGUUCGACAUUGAUAGCACCAUGCGCAAGCCCUAUGAAAUUCUGCUGCUGGGUCGUGCGGCUCCCAACUCGUGGACGACGAUGGCACACGCGCCAACGGUCAAAAGGAGAGUCAUCGCUGCUGUACCAGAUAUCCACUCGCGGAAACCGUGUCUGAAGACGUUACUCGAACCCUAUCUGAUGGAUUCGAAUGAUUACAGUGCGCUGGAAGUCUUUUCUCGGUACCUAGUCAGUAAAUGGAUGUCUUGGAGUAACGAGGUACUGAAAUAUAACUGGGAUGGCUACUGGGCUCCGGCUUGA